AUGGCAAUCUUCGGCCUCUGGGUUAUUAACAAAGCUGGAGGUCUCAUCUAUCAGCGGAAUAUUGGAGAUGGUCUCCCUAAUCUAACCUCCAAUGAAUACCUCGUCCUCGCCGGUACUCUACACGGUAUUCACGCCAUCACAAGUCGUCUGUCUCCUACCGGGUCUAGCUCCGGCGCGCAUGUCAUCUCUGGUGAGACCUUCAAGAUGACGAUCCUACUAACUGCGACGGGCACCAAGUUCGUUAUCCUCACUUCGCCGGUAGAGCCCACUGCAGAGUCGAUGCUUCAGAAAGUGUACGAGCUGUACGCAGAUGCAGUGAUGAAGAACCCUUUCCACACCCCAGAGAUGCCCAUCCGGAGCGAAGGAUUCGAUACAAAAAUUACUGCUCUGUUGGGGACUUCAUGA